AUGGAAGAUAUAGACGAAUGUAAGUCUGGUGAGCAUAGCUGCUCCCACAAAUGCGUCAACACGGAAGGCAGUUUUUCAUGUACCUGCAGUGAUGGAUUUUCUCUUGGUGCGGAUGGAAAAUCCUGUGAAUUUUGUUUGUCAUGCUCCAAAGAAUAUAAAUUGUUGGAUAAAAAAAUCCAAAAACUUUCUUCUGAAGUGGAGAAUCUUCAACAAGAAAAUAAAGCGUUGAAAAGUGACUUGAAAGCAAUUCUUCACAAUGCUACAAAAGUGGACUUAGAUCCCAUCGGAUUAAAGGAAUUCUUAACACCAGAAACAUCUUCAACGAAACCGACAACGAAAGAAGCCGCUGCAACAGUGGUGAUCACAACCGGCAAACUGCCGCCUGUCGCAACUACCACAAUGCAACCAACAAGUUCUCCACACGAGUCCGAGGUCUCCUUUAUAUUUUCUAACCUCAAAGACAUGAAGACGGAGAUGGAGACCAGGUUUUACUCGAUGAGUGCUCAGCUUUCUGUGCUUGAAGAAAGACUAUCAGACUGUAUUUGUACCGGAAGGAGAAAAAGGCACAAUUCAAAGAGGAAAUUUUGGAGGAGUCACAAAAAUCAGAAUAAAACACCAACCAAUUGAUACGGAAAAACAACUUAGUCAAACAAGAUGUCAGAAAUGAAAAAAAUAAGUUUAUUAUAAAGUAGAUUUAUACAUGAAGAGAAGUGUUUAGUAUUGAACAAAUAUAUAAUUCAUUUUGAUUGUUUUUUAUUAAUUAAUUAAGAAAUUGAUCAAUUUUGACCAAGAUUCUUAACUUUGCUUUAAUCACUUGUUUUUCCGUCACUUGUCUCUGUAUAAUCUCUCUAUUGUCAUCAAAAAUAUAGUAUUACAAGAAAAAAGUAUAUAUUGUGGCAAGGAAGGAUAAGCAUAAUUGAAAAUGUAAUGUUGCCACUGGGUCUUGAAACCUCUGUUAAACCCUGAAACUGAAGUUUUAUAAUGUUUCUUUUCUCCUACCUCAAAAAAUUUAAGUACGACGCAUCUUAGUUUAAUACCAUGACAACUCUGAUUUUUUUAUUCCCGUGUUUGCUUUAUCGAAAACCUGCCCACAGUGCUAUUUUUCAGCAUAAAGCCAAGUAUUUGAUUUCCAUCUUGCGUUGAACGCUAUUGUUAAUGGAAAAAUAGUUUGAAUAAUUCAUGUGUAUUUGUGCACAGGCAAGUCUCUUG